AUGCCCCGGGCAGCGGCCGGCGCCCUUCCCGCCCCUGCGGCACCGGCACCCGCUCGGCGCCGCUCCGGCCUCCAGGGCCGCCGCUGCCCGACACAAGCGGGGAGCAGCCGCCGGCACGGGAACCCGCUCCCACCCACGGCCCGGACCGGCACCCCCGACCCGGGACACGGCCCGCCCGGGCCCGCGUCUGACCGGGGGCUUGAACGGGAACCGGGGCCGGCCUCGCUGCGGAGCCCCUGCCCGCUCUCCCCGGCACACCGACAGCGGCUGCCGGGGCUACUGCAGCGGGGCCGCGACCCCUCGAGUCUCCCGGCAGCGGCCCCCGCGGCUGCGCGGGGCACAGGCUGGGCUCCGGGUCCCGGCAGCCAUGCCCUUGUCUCCCUCCCGGGCACGGAGCCGGGGCCCGGCGGGGCGGCGAAGCGCGCCGAGGGACCGGGAGCGGCAGCACCGAGCCCAGCUCCCGCCUGGCCCAGCUCCGCUCAGGGACGCUCCGGCUCGGCACCAGCUCGGCUCCAGCCCCGCGCUCGGCGCUUCGGCCCCGGCUCCGGCCCGGAGGCGUCUGCGCUCCCGGUGCUGGGCGCUGCGGGGAACAGAUGCUGCUGCUGCUGCUGCUGCUGCUUCCGACAGCUCCGGCUGAGGGGAACCCGGGCUGCUGCCCUCUCUGGCUCAGGAAAGCUCCGGCUUGUUCCAGCUCCGGCUGAUGGACGCUCCAGCCCCGCAUGGCUGCAGCUGCAGCUCCAGCCCCGUGUGAUUUCGGCUCCCGAUGCCGCCCGCUCCAGCUCCGGCUCCUCCACGCUCCGGCCGAUGGACGUCCCACCUCGUCCCACCCCUGCCCGCUCCGGCCGAGAGAGGCUCCUGCUCCUGACAGCCCCGGGGGCUUUUGUCCAGCUCCGGCCCUGCGUCAUUUUGGGCCCAGCCGAGACACCGGACGUUCCCGUUUCUCGCAGCUCCAGCCCUACAGCUCCUCCCAGCUCUGCCCAAUGGACGCUCGAGCCCUGCGUGAGCUCCUGCUGCUUCCAGCUCCAGGCGCCGGACGCUCGGCUGGUUCCCCUCCCGCUGAGGGGCCCCCAGCUCGGAGUCAGAGCUGCUCCCCAGCUCUGGGGGCUGGUGACGAGGUCGUAAAUCAAUCACUGUCAUCGCUCAAGUACCACCCCUGUCUGGCCCUUGAAUAAAGCCUCGGUGCCCCCAUUUUCGCCCAGAGACUAUCUCA